AGAAAGGAAAUUAUACGCCAGUUAGGCUGACUUCAGUGGUUGGGAGGAUGUUGGAGUCCAUUAUUAAGGAUGAGCUUUCAGCGUACUUGGAGACCCAUGAUAAAACAAGCCAAAGUAAAAGCUGCAUUUACUCGCACCUAUAACAAAGAGACACACUUGACUCCAUAUGCUCUGCAAGCCAUAAAGAAACUGAAACAUGGGAGUGGUGCUGGAUCAUCUCUGGACUCUGAGCUUAAUGAUGAUUCGCAGACAGAGGAUGUUCAAGCAGAUGAAGCUGAGGAUAACUUGGAAAUGGGUGGAAUGAUUAAGAUGCUUCUUGACAUGCUAAGAAUCUCCAGUAUUUUAACAAGGAAAUCUGAAGACACUGGAAGUCAAAGCAAUACACACAAAACACUGGAGGAACUCAGCAGGCUAGGCAGCCUCUAUAGAAAUGAGUAAACAGUGGACUUUUUGGGCUGAGACCCUUCACCCUCCAGUAUUUUUUUUAAUAUAUACUGAUUUUGGUCCAUCUUUCCAAUGAUCUACUAAGGGGACACUAAGAUUCCUGUUAAUUAUCAACUUUAAAGAAAACUAGCAAAAGAUGACACGUCACUGAGCCCUGCUUAUAUUUGUACUUUAAGUAUCCACUUCCACUUCAGGAAAGUCAGAUAACUGAAAUUAUAUUUAGGCGGGUUUAACGACUGAAUUAAAAUAAACUGUUCUGACAAAAUGAAUCAAAUAGAUUGAGAAACCUGACAUACAGCACAGCAGCAAUGGCUGCUUAACAGUAGCUUUUAAUUGUAAAUACUCAUCCCAGUAGCAUCAUCUUAUGUGUCUCCCUGUACUGCAUAUGAAGUUAAUUCUCUUGAAUUGGUAAGUUGGUUAUCAUUCUCCAGAAGUAUUUUUUGAGAAUGUAACAUGUAAAAUAAGAUGACAGAAAACUAGGUGCUGUGGAUGUACUUGGAGUUUCAGAAAUCCUCAAAUGAAGUCCCACAUUAAAAAAAAAGGCAUUUAAAUUAAAGUGCAUGUUAUAAUAGGAAUAAAUGGUAUUUUUGAGUAGUAAAUUAUAACUAGUGCAGUACCACAAAGGUUAGUGCUAUACAAUAUACACA